AUGACACGACUCUACUGGGCCAUGUUAUUGAUCGGGUUUUGUUCCAGUUCAGAGAGCACUAUAAUCAUCAGAGAGCCUGGUGAGAGCAUCACUUUGAAGUGCUCAUCAGAAGGAUGCCCCCAAAACAAUGAUGGAUAUGCUGGGAUGUAUCUGUAUCAUAACUUUAUUGAACAGAAAGAGGUGUAUUUCUAUGGUAACUAUGCCAACAGCAAAAUCAUGGAGCGACCACGAUACGAAGGCAGGAUUGAGUCAAACGGCGCUCCCAUGAACCACAACAUCACCAUCAGCAACUUGACCGUGGAUGAUUCUGGUGUCUACACUUGUGUCUACAAAGAAUCCGCUGACAAAGGUGUCAACUGCAAUGUCUACACAGUUUUCGUGAGAGAAGUGGCACCAUGCCUGGGACAAGAUGACCUUCCCACCUCGGUGUUAGUUGUCAUUACCUGCACGUACCUUAGCGUGCUGUUAAUCAUAAUCUUUAUCCUACUGAUAGUCCACAGGGUGAAACAAAGGAAGAGCUGCAGAAGAUUAUCCAGGAGUUCGCAGCAAGAACCAGAUGAUUAUGUGUAUGAAGUUAUGACCAAGAACAGCCUCUACACUUUGGCAACUUCACCGCAGCAAUCUUAAAGUCCUUAUGAGU